CUUAUCCCCUCCUCCCAGGCAGCUCACAACUACUGCAGGUACGUUAAGAAACAGUGCAUGGAGGGUGACACCUACAGGCCAAACAUAGCGCCCCUCUUAACCCGAGACCCCAACAUCACGGCCAGCCUGGCCCUGCCAGCUCCCUCUGAGCUGAACAGGAAGCCCAUGGUCAUGAACCUAGCAAGGAGCGCCACUGCAGCUGCCUCUGCUGUUAGGCAUGUGGUGCCGGCCAUCCUGCUAAAGCCCAUCCCUAGGACCACUCCUUCUCCCCUACCUGGUACUGUGAUGUUACUCAUGACAGGGCCUGGGCUAGCCUUCCCGACCAAGGCCCAGAGCGAGACCAUUACAGCACCACUCAGGAAUGGAGUCGCCCCUCCCUCCGCCCCCAAAACCUACCCCAUCACUCAGAAAUCCCACAAGCCCACCCAUAUCAAGCCCGCCAAUGUCAAGCCCACCCCUGUUAAGCCUGCCAAUUUCAAGCCCACCCCUCCCAAGCCCACCCCUACCAAGCCCAUCCUAGCCAAGCCCACCUCUCGCAGCAGCCCCAAGAAGACCACCUUGGGGCUGGAGGCAAAGCAGAAACCCUCUUUCACUGCUGCGGCCAAGCCUACCAAGAAGAAGCCAGACUCUGCCCUUCUAGCCCAGGGGGCAGUCAGCCCUGGACCAAAGAAACUACUACAGAAACCACAGCCUACAGCACCCAAAAAGACAAUUGCCCAGCCUAAAGUCACAGCCACUCGCCAAUUCAAAGCCACCAAUGCACCUGCCAAUCCAAAGCUAUCGAAAGCCACCAAUGCACCUGUCACCCAACGGCCCACCAGACCCACCUAUGCACCCUUUAACUUCCCCGCCACGGGCUGGUGGCAGACGUACGAUGUGGAGCCGACCCAUUUUUCUCUACUUUUGCCAGGACCCCAAGGGCUAAAGGGUGAACCAGGCCUUGCGGGCCAUCCUGGACCACCAGGGAAGUCAGGCACACCAGGGAAGAGGGGUCCUCAG